GUGCCGUCGACCUGUGGUCGACCUUCAGACUCAAGCGCUAGCGGCACGGACGACGUGGCCGUGCCACGGUGCCGUUGUGCCGUGACUACGGCCACGGUGCUCAGCCCUACCUCCCUCCCUAUCCUCGCGAUGCUCGCUAUACAGGGCUGCUCGCGCAGCCCGAAGGAGCUUACGCUGAACGAGAUAGCACAGGCGAUCGAGCAGCAUUUUGCUUGGUACGGCGACGGGAAAACGAACUGGAAGGCCUCCAUCCGCCACGCCCUCUCCCUGCACAAGAUCUUCAGGCGCCGUUCGCGCCGCGAUAUCGAGGGCGGCGGACGCGGCGGAUAUUGGCACCUAGACUUCAGCGAUGGCGAAGGUACGAAGCGCAGCCGCAAGCGCACCUCGCGUGCCCAGCGCUUUGCCAGGGACGACGAUGAUUUUGACCAAAGCACUGAGGAAGAGCCCGGCAGUUCCGAGUCGGUCGACGACGACGACACCGCGUCCACUGGCAGCAGUGGUAGGCACGCACCUUACCCUGCCGCCUCCUCUUCCUCCACCUCCUCCACCCGCGGCGGCCUCCCCGCCGCCCGCGGUCGCCGCCCCGAUCGUCUCGGAGCCUCGCCGCUUCCUGCUGGCGCAGGGUCCCCAGGCACGAGCACCGCCAGCCCGCCCGAGAUAUUCAUCCCCUACGCGCCCCGCCAGCCGCCUUUUGAGGCGGCGGGGCCGUCGCGGCUCCCCGCUGGUGGCAUUUCGCGCGGAGGGCGCGCCAGCCCCGCUGGGCAGUACGGCCGUGGUGGCCUGCCGGGAGGCGCAGGCGAGCGUGAUGCUCGCUUUGCGCCGGCCGGCUCCAGCACCGCGCGGGGCGCCCACAUUCGGCCCCACGGGCCUGCCCACCGUGGUGGCCGCCCUGCGGGCGAGCCCGCGCAGGACCGGAAGGGCAAGGGGCGUGGCUAAAUGGUUGCGAUGCCGAGCCCUUUAUUUGCUACCAGCUCGUGCGAGAGAACGGCCAUUGCACCCUUGUUGCAUUCUGAAUUUUUGCUGUCCGAUUCAGGACAUCCGGCAGCGACUCUCGUUGACUUCCGUGUUCUUCAUAGGUUGUUGUACCUUUUGACCGUGUCCACCGUGCUCCUUGCUUUCAACUCGGCUUUGUAUAGCUCUUGUCAUAAAUACUCCGUAGCCCGGUGCUACUCGCUAAAAAUCACUUUCUGUAGUCUUCACUAUCCUUGUUGUUUGCAGUAUCUAGUGUCGAUAUGCUCUUGUUUGUGCACUGCACUCGCUAAAUAUAUUUUGUUUUCCCUGAUCGUCAUGUUAUGGCGCUGUGCCACCUGCCUGAUAUCGUCUUCUUCCUCAUCGUGUUUUCGUUACUAUGCAC